AUUUGAAAACACCGUACCGAAGCCGGUGCGAAUUUCUUAUUGAUAGUAUAAAAAUUUAAAAGUCGAUGAAGUUUUAUUUUUUCAUAAUAAUUUUGAGUCAGAUCAUCAGAGUAUCCGAAUAAAAAAUAAAAAUAUAUUGUAUUUUUUUAAUUGUCUAUUAAAAAUUCGCCGUCAGGGGGUGAUAGAUGUCUACAUCUGUUUCUAGCAGACAACAGUAAAAGUUUUAUCUGUCAAUUCUGCUUUGGUUAGAAUAUUGUGUAAAUGUUCCUUUAACAUUUAUAAUACCGGAGUCAUUUUUAUUGUUCAACAUAACAUUUUGACACAUUUUGUAGUUUAUCAUAGUUUACAUAAGAUGAAUUCUUUAUUGAAACCCAUUACGCAAAGCUCGUUCACCAAUUUGGUUUGGAAUCAUCUUAUACUGCGCACAAGAAUGAAGUACGCUUUUCCAAGACCGAGAGAGGUAAAACGAGUAGUCCACCAAGGAUAUUUUACACGAUUGGCUACACCUGACGGUCGAAAAAUUCUCAUGAGAAAAAUUCUUAAAGGUCGUCAUUGUCUUGGACAUUAGCUUAAUUUAAAUAAAAAUGUUUAUUACUUA